UUGGGGGCGAUCAGUAGCCUUCGAAGAUCUUACGAUGAGAGUUCUGAUUCUCACUGCCCUGCUGGCAUGCGCAAGCGCAGCGCCCUCCGGCGUGGUCCCGCUGGCCGCGCUGCCCGCCGCGCCCACCAUCGACCCCGGCGACAUCCAGGCGGCCGCUAUUAAUGCACAGGUGCAGGUGGAAGACCAGGCCAGGGCCGCGGUGGACUCCGCCAGAGACCUCAACGAGAGGGUCGUCGAGGACAACAAUGAAAAGGUAGUCGAAGCGGACUCCCAAAUCAAGGAGAAGACGGAGGAAGCGUUCUGGUCUAUUGAAGACAAGAAGUGGCAGGCGCUGAACGCGGUGCAGACUGCUGAGGCGAAGCUGGAUGGAGCUGUGGCCAGUAACGCUGACGCUAUCGCCAGAUCAGCUCUUGGAGGUAUAAUCGUUCCCUCAUACAUCGUGCCCUCAUCACCUCUACUCCAAGCACCAGUAGUGUCCCCUCUCACCGUGCCUCUCUCGCCUCUCGUCUACACUCCAGCACUCCUCCCAAACAAGGAGGAAUUGGAGAAGCUUGAGAAAGAGAAGGAGAAGCAGAAAGAGCUCGUGAAGACUGCUGCGCCGGAGAAGGAGGGAGUUAAGCCCGAAGAAGAAAAAAAGACUGAGGAGAAAAAGCUGGAGGAACUGCAGAAGCCCCUCGUCACCCCCAUUCUUACCCCCCUGGUGACCCCGACCAUCAAGCUGGACCAACAAUGGAUCGCCCCAGUCGGUCCAGUGGCUCCACUAGCAUCUGUGGCCUAUCUACCACAACCCUUGCUGACUCCAGUCAUAAAGACUCAAUGGUGAUUUGAAAUUAGGGAAUAAAUGGUUUUCAAAACCUC